GUUCAUUGCUGUGUUUUAAAAGGUGUUUUUGGUAUCCCACACUCUAAGUUUACGUAUAUCCUCAAAAAUCAUAUCUUUAUCACUCCAUCAUUUUCUUUACCAUUAUAAUGGGAGUUUCGGAACCCAACUGCUCAACAACUCCCGACCUUCCGCCUCACGACCCAGAGCGACCAGGCUCUGGGAGCGGAGUCGAUGAUGAAGAUAUUCCUAGGCGGAAGCAACGUCGCUACAGAACGACCUUCACUAGUUACCAGCUUGACGAAUUGGAGAAGGCUUUUGGAAGAACGCAUUAUCCUGAUGUCUUUACCAGAGAGGAGCUGGCUUUAAAAAUCGGCCUAACAGAAGCGAGAAUACAGGUGUGGUUCCAAAACCGGCGGGCGAAGUGGCGUAAGCAAGAGAAAGUGGGGCCACAUGCGCAUCCAUACAGCGGGUACUUAAGCAGCGGGCAGCCCUUGCCGACUACAAGUAUGCCAGUUCCGCCGCAUUCAUUCAGCCAGCUUGGCUUUGGUUUAAGGAAGCCAUUUGACAGCGCUCUAGCAUCUUUCAGGUAUGCAAACAGCCCCCUAUUUGGAGCACAGUAUCUUCCGCAUCUCUCUCGCCCACCACUUUUCGGGGCUCCACUAUACGCUACAUCUCCCGCUCACUUCCACUCUCUGUUCGCUAACCUAACCGUACCCGAACUACCGCGUCUCUCGCCCGAACAUUCCCGAUUGUCACCCGAAAUCGCCCGAUCGCCGGCACCGUCCAUCUCUCCUCCAAUAUCACCAGGGAGUGAGACUUUACCUCCAUCUGAGGAUGUGAGGAGUUCUAGCAUAGCUGCCUUGAGAUUAGCGGCGAGGGAACACGAGCUUAGAUUAGAGUUAUUGCGGCAGAGAGCGGAUUUAAUUUGUUAA